UUUUGCUCCUUUUAUAAUGGUGUCAAAUUCUUGAAAAGCUCAUAAAAAACUACCAUAACUGUCUUCCCAAGUUCUUGAAUUUUGUAGGUUUCUUGAAAAAAGAAUAGUAAAAAAAGACAUGAUUUUGGUUCUUGGUUUGGCACUUAUAAUGGUGUCAAAAUCUUGAAAAGCUCAUAAAACUACCAUAAGUGUCUUGAUCCCAAGUUCUUGAAUUUUUUUAGGUUUCUUGAAAAAGGAAGAGUAAAAAAGACAUGAUUUUGAUUGGGUUUUAAGCAUUUUCAGUUAUUGUUUAUAUAAUUAUGAUGGUGUCAAAAUCUUGAAAAGCUCAUAUAACUACCAUAAUUGUCUUCCCAAGUUCUCAAAUUUUGUAUGUUUCUUGAAAAAAGAAGGGUAAAAAACACAUGAUUUUGGUUGGUUUUUGACAUUUUUUAGUUCUUGGUUUGCUAAUUAUAAUGGUGGUCAAAAUCUUGAAAAGGUCAUAAAACUAACAUUACUGUCUUCCCUAGUUCUCAUAUUUGUAAGUUUCUUGCAAAAAGAAGAGUAAAAAAGCCAUGAUUUUGGUUGGUUUUUAACAUUUUUAGUUCUUGGUUUUAAUAUCUUGAAAAGGUCAUAUAACUAUAUUCCCAAGUUCUUGAAAUUUGUAGGUUUCUUGAAAAUAGAAGAGUGAAAAGAGACAUGAAUUUGGUUGGUUUUUAACGUUGUUUUAGUACUUGAAUUUUGGUAAAAUUAUGGGAGAAGAAGAGGGGUGGGAUUGGCCACCAACACCAAGUGGAUCACCAAUGUACAUAACAAAAGAUGAUCAUUGGACUCAUUUUGACAACUCUGUUAAUGCUGUUUCUUUUGGAUUUGUUGCCACUGCAAUUCUCAUCUCUAUGUUUCUUGUCAUGGCCAUUUUUGAGAGGUUUCUCAGACCCAAUUCGCCGGCGUUAUCGCCAUCCGGUGGCCGGAAUCUUGAUGAUAUUGAGUCCCAAAUUGGUUUCAAUGGAAAACUUGGUUAUCCAACAUCCAAAGUAUCAGCAAAUGCGCGAGAAGUAUCAGUAUUGAUGCCAGGAGAAGACAUCCCAACUUUUAUUGCUAACCCUGUUCCUGUACCUUGUCCUCCUGAACGCGAUCCAUGGCCUCCCCAUCAACAGCAUUCUUUACCCGGUCUUUUGAACCCCGACUCAAAUGCAUAGUCGUAGCUCAAUCUGAAGGAAACAAACGUCGGAAAUGCCAAAUUCACGAAUCACAAAAUUAUUAGGAGUUCUUCAAGUGGCUUUUUUGUCCCUCGCCUUGACUCCUUAAAAUUAUGUACAUACCAUUUAGACAUUGAAUUCCUAGCACGGUCUGCUAGACAUUGAAUUCCUAGCACGGUCUGCCUGAUUAAUUAGUAUGAAUAUUACGUUAAUAG